GCGGACGGGAGCGAGGAGAAGGGAGCGCUGCGCGAUGGAAGAGCGAGCGAGAGCCUCGGGGUCCCCCGCGGGCCUUGGAGCGUGCGAGCUUUAGCUGUGAUCUGAUGCUGCUGCAGUAGAGCGAGCGCGAGAGAACAAGUCGCACACGCCGAGGCCGUCGUCUGGCUGAACGCGCGAGGCACAGAGCGAGCGAGCGGAGAGAGAGAGAGAGAGAGGCAGCCCAAUUUGGACGACGAGGGAUCGAUUGACGAGACGGAGGGGAGGGCGAUUGCCUCCCGAGGGCGAGAGGUAGAGAGCGAGGCAGACAGAUGGCAGUAAUGCGCUCGUUUGGUGGGGGAGGAGAGGAGGAGUGAGUAGGAGAGAGAGAGAGAGAGAGAGAGAGAGAGAGAGGGAGAGAGGCAGCAAGGAAGGGGAGGAGGGAGUGUAGAGGUUGGGGAUGUUGGAGGAGUGGGUGGGCGGGCAAGCGGAGGACGAGAAGUGGUGGUGCGGUUGCAAAGAUGAUGCCAGUGCGGAGGAGGAUUUUGGAUUUCUGACGACGGAUGUCGAGUUUCGAAGCUCCAUCACGUGACGAGCAUCGGUGCUUUUUUCUCGGUCCUGUGUCGGACGGGGCAGCAGCAGCGUGCGUGCGUGCGAGGGGUUGAGAGCGCAGAGUUUUGGACAUGAGAAGAGGAGCUUUGAACACUGCCGCCGCCGCUGCUGCUGCUGCUGCAUCAUCAUCAUCACCAUCAUCACCGUCCAGGCCCCCUGUUCCCCAGUUACCGUGGUUUCGGAGUAGAAUAAGGUUGGGUGUUCCGGCCUGUUGGAAAACGUAGACGGACUCCGCUGCAACUUGUCUUUCUGUGUCAGUCCGGGCGAUUCCCGGUGCUCUUCCUCCUCGCGCGAGCGCAAGGGCCUGUGCUGCUUCCGUUAUCUCCGCUGUCAUCUCCAUCUUGCCACAGGUGGAACGAGUUGUAAAUUACCGUACCCGAGAGACUUGGAAGGCCUGUGAUUUCGAUCGUCUCGGCAUCCGUCUCUCUGAGGUGUCUCUGGUACACCUGGCCGAGAAAGGGUAGCAUUUCUCUUCUACUUCUUUUCCUGGUGUUUGCUCCGCAGUGAUUUAUGUGAAGGCCAGCCUUUUAAGCUUACCUUGUCUCCUGAGCCAUACAGAUUUACAAACACUUUCUUCCUCCUCGAGUCCUUUUUGCUCCCGUCCUAUUCACGUAAUACUUUCAUCUAGAUUGCUCCUGCCCUGACCGACGAGAAGUUGCUUUCCUCGCUUAUUAUGCUGGUAAGGGUAGCUUAACUGAAACCAAACUACCACCGUAGAGCAGUCGCUGAUUUCGUCAGCUCUCAUCUCAUACUAAGUCCCUGAGCAGUUGAGCAAUUUCAUUACGGAUGGUUGAAAUCAAGUGAAAAUGUAGACAGAUGAGUCGGUAUCCUUCUCAUAAAGAGUUGAUGAUAGAAGGGGAGUCUUCAGAUCCUGAAAAUGUCUAUGUUUCUCAUCCAAAGUCCUGAAAAAGAUAUAUUUAGCGCCGCGGAUCUCCAAUGGAAAGACGACGUCGCCUACAUUCCAAGCAACCGAAUCUUACAGUUUAUCACUGGAGAGGAGUUAGGUUCUGGAACUGCUCCGACAAAGUUCAAAAUCAGGAGUUCGCGGACCCGGAAACCCGGCUCUUUGCCGAUCCACCGAAUUCGGUCGCAAUGUUGGCUAAAGUACACAAGGUAUUGGUGUACCUACGGACCACAUGACAAUCGAAGCAAGAAGUCUCAAGUCCAGAGCAAAGUAUCAGUAUCUCCUGAUGGCCAAGAACGUAAGCGACGUCGGUCAGCAUGUGCAAGAGGAGAGGACUCUGCUCGAGGAUGUUUGUGUCACUUCAACGUGAAGAUCAUGUAUUUGUGGCCGGAUAUUACUCAAAUACAUUACGUACACCGAUCUCAUACAGACAUCUCCGGUUGCAUUUGUCAUGGAACACUGGACCCCAGUGCCAUUGGAUCUCGAGCUCAAUUUGCGCCGAAGCUGUCGACAGAUAUGAGAAGAUGGGUUCUGCAUCAGCUGUACAAAAAUGUGUCACCGAAACAAAUUCUUCAGGAGCACAAAUUGGUCAUACAGGAAAGGCAGUCUAAGAAUAAGGACCAUGUUCCUGUCAGAGAUGAUUUUCUUAAUAAACAUGAUGUUCUUAAUAUCUCCAAACGCUUGGCAGAAGAUACUUUUCAACAUGAUGUGUCUGAAGCGGAAGGGGUUCAGACGUGGAUCCAGCGUCAUCCCGAGCUGGUUUUGUUUUAUCAGGAGGAAAACUCUAGCAGCAACUUAUCAUUUAUCCUGGCCAUCCAGACUCCGUGGCAAGAGGAGAAAAUGAUAACUUUGGGGCACCAGAACGUUGUGGCUUGUGAUGCCACUUAUGGGACGGACAAGUUCGCAUUCUCGUUCUACACACUUUUGGUGUUUGAUGCCCAUCAGCAUGCAAUCCCUGUAGCGUGGAUAAUGACUUCAAGCUCGAAGGCUGUGGACAUAGAGAUUUGGUUGCGGUGUCUAAAGGAGAAGAUGAAUGAGAAACUUGUGGGGUGGAGACCGAGCUGUUUUGUCAUAGAUGAACCUACCUCAGACGUGAAUUCAAUAAGGAACGUGUUUGAUGUUCCAGUGUUUCUAUCUCUGUGGUACCUGCGGAGAUGUUGGUCCAAGAAUCUUUUCAAGAAAGUAAGAGCUUGGAACGCAAGAGCGUUGAUGUUUCGAAAGCUUGGUGAGAUUAUGUACCUGAGUAAUGCGCAAUCCUUAUCUUUAUGCAACAUGGAGACGCAUGCUCUGAAGCAGGUGGAUAUGUUUAUGGAGUUCUUCAGUCAAGAGACUGAAUUCAUCUCGUACUUUCAAGAAACCUGGCUUCCGAAAAUAGGUGUGUGGAUAAAGGCGGCACAGAAUCUGGCUCAUACGAACCAGGAUAUAAAUUGUGCCAUUGAAACAUACCAUUGGAAUUUUAAGGCCCGGCUUCGUCAAGAGGUAAAAACUCUUGAAGGGAGACGGAUCGAUUGGUUCAUUCACAAACUUGUGAAAGAUGUCGACUCGCACUUUUGGUUCAUGGACUUCAGUAAGCGUUGGGGUUUAUCCACGGCUGAGGACAUAACCUCGGAGUCAACCGUCUUGCAAGCGGCUAGCAUACCUGAUUCAAAUGUAUCAGUUCCUCUCGAGCAUGAGAAAGUUGCUGCUACAGUCAUUAGCACCAAAGACCCCAGCGUCCGUUAUACUGUGUAUAAUCCGGAUACUGAGUGGGCAUGUUGCGACUGUGAGUGGGCUCGACGUGGGAACAUGUGCAAACAUCAGGUGAAACUUUUGAUUAUGAAGGGCGUUAUUGGAGGUAGAGCUGUGCAGACCUAUGGCUCAAGAAUAGGUGCACAGCAGGGUGUGCUGAACUGUUUGUUCUUGGAUCAUGACAAACCGGUCAAGGAACACGUGUCGCUACCUACGUCUACCUCCAAUUCAACACCUUGUGAUCUGGAUCUCGAAGAUGAUGAUCAAGACGACAACGGUCUAGUGGUUGAGACCAGAGUUGAUGAUGAGGAUAUUCAGAGAAGGGAGGAUUCAGGAGCUUGUGUUGUGAGUUUCCCUCGCUUCGAGGAUGUUUUUCAUGCAUUGGCCGAUGUCGUCGGUGAUAUCGACAAUGUAAUGCUCGCUGGCCACGCAGCGAACAUUCUUCUCCAUGCUGCACACGUGAUUUCGGAGCUUAAAGCCAGAUCAUCGCCAGAUAUCGUUAGUCAUGGUACAACACCCUUCACAAGGUUACUUGAUGAUGGGUUCGCAAGUUCCAUGAAGCGCGCCAAGCCGAUGAUGGAACAUAUGCUGGUCAAGAAGCUCAAAACCACGUGUUGGGGUAGGGAAGAUUUCGAAAUGCAACCUAGGAUGGAGUCUGAAGAGACAUUGGUGCAAUCAGUACCUAAAGGAAUGGAGUUGUUCAGGCAUCUGAGAGCUGAUAGAUGCACUGGAGAAAGUCGAACAUAAGCAUCGGUGGACUCAGCCUUCCUCAAGCCUUGUCUAUUAGCCGAGGCAAAUGGUUGUGCAGGCAGAGAACUCAAUGGGUAUUUACGUCAAUAUCUAGCAGUUUCCUGAGGCAUAAUCACAGCCUUGGGACCGUCUGCACUGGUUACGUAAGGUUCUGCAAGUGGUGCUAUUCUGAUAUUGCAGUGACAUGUGAGGUAUUUAUCAAGACACAUGUAGCAAUUAAGUUGCGUAAAUCUUUUGCAGAACUACUAUAGUAUGGUAAAUGCUUUGUCGGUCGAACGUUGAAAAGACGAGACCAUUUUGUCAAAAGUCUACAUAACAUGAUGUCGAAUGUAGGAGUGCUGUUCCAUGUUUGACGUGAAACUCUCUUUACGGGAUGACAUGAACUCGGACAUAGGACAUGUUCUGUAUGUCAAACUUGGGUGCAUCUUAGUAAUUCAGACAUAUUCGGAGUUAUAAUAUAUUUUCCAAUCUUUUUUCUUAGUUCCCUGCC